UUGACUUGGAAUCUCUGCUCCUCCACACAUUAUUUCUACCGUUUUUCUCUAUUUGCUUUCUGCCAUACUAUUGCGAAUUCAAUCCCUUCUUCCCCUGCGUCUCUCUGUGUUUUACAUAUACUCCGCUCUUAUCAUUCACCCACACUUCACUUUCUUCCAUUUCACUUCCAUGGCAACGCCCGAAUCUGGAUCAUUUUCAAAUCCAACGAAGAAUUGGAAAAGACCCCCAAUCAGAGUAGCAAUACCUUCGUGGAAGUUUUGCCGCCAUUUGCGGCUGCAUCAUCUUCACAACCAACAAAGAAAAAGAAAAGGGUGCCCUGCGAGAGUAGAACCGCCCAAUCAGAGUAGCAAUGCCUCUGAGGAAGUUGUGCCGCCAUCUGCAUCAUCUUCAAAACCAACGAAGAGAAGAAAAAGGGUGCCCUGCGAGAGUAACAAUGCCUUUGAGGAAGUUGUGCCGGAAUCUGCAUCUGGAUCUGGAUCUGGAUCAUCUUCAAAACCAAGGACCUGGGAUGUAUUCAUCAACCACCGUGGACCUGACACCAAGAAAACACUGGCCACCUUCAUCUACGAUACCCUGAAAUCCAUGGGACUUGAAAUUUUCUUGGAUCAACCAGAGCUUGAUUUGGGCGAUCUGAUACCAUCUAGAAUAGAAGAAGCCAUGACUAGUUCUUUCCUCCAUAUUGCCAUACUUUCGCCCAGAUAUGCAGAAUCUCCUUGGUGUUUGGCGGAGUUAUCAUAUAUGCUCAACACAGGCAAGACAGUUAUUCCUGUCUUCUACAAAGUUGAACCCCGUGAUAUCCGGUGGACUACCAAAGGGAAAGGAGUCUACACUGAUGCAUUUUCCAAACAUAAAGAGGGCGCCAGAUACAGCUCAGAAAAACUAAAUGAUUGGAAAGUGGCGCUGCAAGACGUUACAUACCGUACUGGCCACAUUGUUGAGGAGAAUGAUGAUGAAGGGGAAGCGAACUUGUUGGAGGCUAUUAAAGAUUACAUUAAGGACACUCAAAAGAUACCAUUAGUGGUGGCCAAUUAUCCUCUUGGUCUUGAUGAAAUUUUACAAGACUUUGAAAGAAAUGCAUUUGACUCUUCUAAAAAUAUAAAUAUUGUGGGGAUUGUUGGGAUGGGUGGAUGUGGUAAAACUACAGUGGCAAAAGAAUAUUACAAUAAGAAAAUAAACUCCAUAUAUAAAUGCUGCUUUAUUCAUAAGGCGCGGGAUGAGACUAAAACAAAUCUACAUGAGAAGCAAAAAGAGAUGAUACAAGAUCUUGGUUUCAAAAAUGUUCAAAAUGUUGAUAAUGUAGAAAAAAGAAAAGCAAUUUUAGCAAAGCAUUUGAGAUCUGUUCAAAUGUUAAUCAUUUUGGAUGAUGUAGACCAUCAAGAGCAGUUGGAGGCUCUAUUGCCAAUCCAGGACAGUCUUGGACAGGGUAGUGUGAUUGUUAUCACAAGUAGAGAAUCUGAAGUUCUUACAUCAUGGGGAGUCUCCUCCAUUUACAAGAUGAAAGAAUUAGAUCCCAAAUAUGCUAUGAAACUUUUUUGUUGGCAUGCGUUUAGACAACCCUCUCCAAUAAAUGAAUUUCAACUUCUCGUUGAAAAUUUUUUAGAAGUCUGCAAAGGAUUGCCCUUAUCCCUUAAGGUGCUUGGAGGACUAGUUAAUGGCAAGCCCCAGGAUUAUUGGAAUGCUCAAUUAGACAAGAUCUCCAGAGUACUGCCGAAAGACAUAAAAGACAUACUAGAAGUGAGCUUUGAUGCACUAGAUGAGGAAGAAAAAGAGAUAUUUUUAGAUAUAUGUUGUUUCUUUAUAGGAGAAAAAGAAGAGUUGGCCGUCACAGUGUGGGAUGGGUCUGCGUCGGGAUGGAGUGGGCCGCAUAGUUUGACAGUACUGAAGAAUAAGUGUCUUGUUGAGGUCGAUGAGAAGAACUGCAUUAAAAUGCAUGAUCAUCUACGGGAUAUGGGAAGAGAGAUUGCCAAUAAGGGAAAAGAAAUUGUUAAAUCUCCCUUGCGUCUUUGGUCACCAGAGCAAAUUGGCGACAUUGAAAUAGAGGGGCAGGUGAGCUUAAUAUCAUGUUUUCUAUGCUAUCCAGUAUUUUGA